AUGCGAUGUCUUGACCACAGUCAUCUCAGACUGAGCAGACUCGAGCUCGGGACCGAGGACGAGACAGAUGAAGUCUGGACCCUGCCGAUUACUGAACUGACGGCCAACGAUAUCCAACUGUUUACGUGGGUUCUGUCCUCAAUGCAGAGCGUGAAACUCUCGCUGUGGGCUUCCAUGCCAACCGAUGGAGUGUCUCGACACGCCAUAAGUGACAAGGAGCCCCUCAUGAUGCUCCUUCGCGGCCUUGAAGCCUCGGCCACUCUCAAGCACCUUUCAGUCAACUUUAGGCAUGGUCGGGUAUGGAACUCGACCUACAUUGGCCUGGAUCGUCUGCACUUUCCACAACUAGAAUCCCUACGCUGGAGUGGCAGCUAUGCCAUGCACUUCGAGCUCACGGAGUUGGCAAACUUCAUAACAACACAUCGGCCCACGUUGAAGCAUUUUGAACUGGGCCUCGCAAGAGUUGUGAACGAAGGAUGCAUCGUGAGCAAGAAGCUGUUCGAGAAGGGGAUUGCAUGUAACUUGCGGAAAUUCACUGGGGCGGGCGAUAUCGUUGUCUCGGCUGACACCGAGCAGGACUGGCUGUGGUGUAACGUGCCCCCUGAUCAAGACUGA